ACUGUGUUGUUCCUGACGUGUCUGUGUAGCCUGAGAAGCUGUAUGUUACACACGGCAGAGGCUCUUCGUGAGCAUGAAGAGCACUGGGAAGCACUUGCGGGGCAGAUCUUCUAAUUAGAAGGCAGGUUUGGCUAUCUCCUGAUUGAGGAGAGUCGAAAUACUGGUUGCAAGUGAACCCUGUCAGCCUAUUGGAUGUCCCUGAGAAUAUAAGAAGUCAUGGCAGAAAACGAUGCAAUGCCAACCUUACCAAAAAAGUGUGGCCCAUACAUUUCAUCUGUAACCAGUCGUGGCAUGAAUUUGGUAAUUCGUGGCAUAGUGCUGUUUUUUAUUGGCGUAUUUCUUGCAUUAGUAUUAAACUUGCUUCAGAUCCAGAGAAACGUUACUCUCUUCCCCCCUGAUGUGCUCACAAGCAUCUUCUCCUCAGCCUGGUGGGUACCACCUUGCUGUGGCACAGCAUCAGCUGUGAUUGGGUUAUUGUACCCAUGCAUGGACAGACAUCUGGGAGAGCCACAUAAAUUUAAGAGAGAAUGGUCCAGUGUCAUGCGAUGUGUAGCUGUCUUUGUGGGAAUAAAUCAUGCCAGCGCUAAAGUGGAUUUUGCCAACAAUAUCCAGUUGUCUCUCACAUUAGCAGCACUGUCAAUUGGACUGUGGUGGACAUUUGAUAGAUCACGGAGUGGCUUUGGUCUUGGAGUAGGAAUUGCUUUCCUGGCCACGUUGGUGUCACAGCUUCUGGUCUACAAUGGAGUUUAUCAGUACACAUCUCCAGAUUUCCUCUAUGUUCGUUCCUGGUUGCCAUGUAUAUUUUUUGCUGGUGGAAUAACUAUGGGCAAUAUUGGCAGGCAGCUGGCAAUGUAUGAAUGCAAAGUCAUUGCAGAGAAGUCUCACGAAGACUGAGGAGAAACCAUAUGCACCUUUUAAACAGGAAAAUAAUCUGACAAACGACUGUCAGAGGAGCAUAAGGAACAUUUGACUAUGAAAUUGCCAAAAUGCAAUUUUUUUUCCUUGAGUGGUAUACUUUACUGCAAUCUGUGAUUGCUGCUCUAUAGAAACCUUGAUGUCUGAUUUUGAUUACUGUGAAGUUACAAUAGUAUGCAAUACAUUUGACAAUACUGGUUCAAUUAUAGGAUUCUCUUCCCCAAAUGGAAAUUGAGUCUGCUGUAAGCUCUGGGUCUGUCCCUAAUGUUGCAGUGCCAAACUGAACCUUUGCACUACGUUUCUGUACCUGAAACUUCUGCUUCACUUUAUCUUGAAAGUUUUGAGGAUUUUGUUCUUAAUAGCUCAGUGAGGGACGGGGGAUUCCAAUUUAGGAAUGGACAUCUUCUGUUUCCAUGAUGAUAGCUUGUAAUAUCUUUAUGAAAUUAAUGGAAUACAGGUGAGCUUUGAUGUAGUGAGUAGCUGAUUUCUGCCUUUUAACAGAGUAUCAUUCUUCUUGCUCACAUCACAGGUGAGGAGACUUAAUAUGGACUGUAUGGGCUGUUCGUGUCAUUCCUCUGUGGUACAUGCCUAGUAUCACAGGAUCCAUAAGGGGAAGCCGAGGCUGGAAGUUCACUGUUUUUUCCCCUGGUGCAACCAGUAUAUAUGUUUGCAUAGGAAUUUAUGUGGACCAUCAUCAGAUGUGGGCAGAUUCUAAAACAACUUCUGAUGUUGAAUAGCAGGAUACAGUUGGGGUCAUUAUUGUGCAAUUCGCUAAGCUGACUUGUGUUGAUCCCUUAUUAAAAAAAAAAAAAUUAUAUAUAUAUCUUAGGGAGCUUUUACUGCAAAACUUAAUUUUGCUGGACUAAAUCAGUCACGACUAGACAGUGUCAUAAACCUCUCCAUUACCAAUUGUUAUUCUUGAUAGUUCUUGUCUCCUACCUGUUGGUAGGGAUCCACAGAAAGAGGCAAGGCUGUAUUUUAGAUAUUGAUGUAGCCCUUAUGUCGGUGACUAUGGUCCAGGCAACCAGAAAUGCAUUUGUUCUCGUAGCAGUUUUCUGAGGUAGAGAAAUACUGUCACCCCUGUUUUACAGGUGGCUGUGCACAGAAAAUGUGAUGGGACAGAGAGGUGAAAUAGGCUGUGUGCCAGUUGGUCCUUAAGAAGAAGGAUUUUGGUGUGUGAUGCUUACUUGGGGGCAUACAUGGAAUUUCCUCUUGGCUUUGCAGCACCCUUUUAAGACCAGGAGAUAAAAGAACUUGUGCAAGAAGGCAGAAAGCAGACUUCAAGAGGACACUCCUAACCUGUGCCAGCAGUGAAUUUGGCAUGGGAUGCCUCCACUUCGUUUUCCCCCUCCUAUCUCUGUGUUGAUGAUGUUUUAAUGUGUUUGUUUUCCUUUUUUUGUCUCGAUGCACUAUUUUUUAAAUUUUCCAUGAAAGGUUUAUGAGAUAUGUUACAGUCACCUAGGGAGGCUGGAGUUUGUCCAAAGAACAAAUAGAUGUUUAGAGAAGUUUUUAGUAAUAAAUGUGUGUAUGCAUUGUACACAAAGCUUGAAAUAGGCAACUCUUUUUCAAUCUUAAUGCUAAUCUCUAAGUCUGAAAAGUAUACAAUGGAGUGCUUCCAAAAGCAUUGUGACAAAAGAGGUGGUCACAAAGUGAAAAUUUCAUGAAUGGGGAAGUGUAAAAACAAUAAAUAAGGUAGUGAUCUGUAAAGAGCUUGGUUCUGCAGCUCCACAAAGUUUCAUCACCUUACUGUGAUUUCAUGACAACUCUAACACCUGCAGCAAACUUUCAUUGGGCAAUGUUUUCGAGAUGUGCUUUGCUUUAAGCAGAGGUAGAAUAUAUGUAAGUGGAUCACUGACUAGAGAUUUUGUUUAAUCAAACCAUACAGCAAUAAGAAACAUUUUCUUAAUUAAACAAAUUGUUGGGGCAUGAACUAAGGGUCAGUUUCUUUAGGCAGGCUCUGGCAUUUUACUGAAGAAGGCCUGUUAGUGACUUUUAGGUCACUUUCUGUACAGUAUUUGGCCUUGACCAUCUUCUUGACUUAAACGAAAGGCUUCAGCUUAGCUUGCAGUGUGAUGAAUCCCUCUUGAAUUAGCAGGGCAGGAACGGCAUAAAAUUUCAGAUGUUUCUUAUCCUAGCUGUAGGGAAUAACAUGGUACAUCAGUAGCCAGUGUGCUGACUUGGGAAACAAUUCACUUGCAUCAUAACCAAUAAGUGUAUGCAACCAGAGAUGAGCGGGUUUUAUUAUUCACUUGGUGGUAGAACUGCUUUUAUCUGCUGGUCUAAAUAUUUACACAGAAGAAGCCUUGUGUAUGUUAAAAUGUGCAGUAUGUGAGAAGUGGUUAUUGUGCAUCUGUGGCACCCACUUUACAACACUUUGCACUUAGAUUCAUCUAAACCUGAUCAGACAAUGCUGUCUACCAACUUCUUUUAAAUUUCGUUUUGGAAAUUUUGAGCAUGUUGUGCAAAGGCAGCAAUCAUCCAAAAUAAAUUUGGGUGGAGUCCUUUAUUAUAUGUGUUUUAUUAUUUUUCUUCUUCUUUGACUAAAGUUGACACAAGGUUCACAUCUUGGAUGUCAUAUAUUUUCAAACUGCAUUGUCAUUUUAUGGCUGGUGUGUUCAAAACCUGAAAAAGGUUCAUGAUGAGAAUGCUGACACAGCCUUACCUGUAGUGGUGUGAACAUACUGCUACUGUAUAGCAUGUAAUUAUAACAUUAGAAUGUCUGUAAAAUGUUGCUCAAUAGAAAAUGAAUAAGGUAUAUUUUAGAUACAAAUUUAUAAGCACUAUAAUCUCUUCACUAAUUGAACAUUGUAAGGUCUAUGCUGUUUAAGCUGGCAAAUUGCUGUUAAAAGCAACAUAUGCAUUAAAUACAAUUACAACCUUGUUUGAUGGGUUUCUUCUUUCUUUAAGAAAUGAUACUGAUUUUUAAAAUAGACUAAGUUGCCUCCUAUCAGAAAUCUCAUAAUAAUUUUGACUGUUGAGCUGCCAUAUUGGUUGCACAAAACACCUGUCUAGAAAUACUAAGAAAGAAGCAGGCAAGAUGAAAUCAGCAGUGAUUCUAUCAUAAUCAGUAUGCUGAGCAGCCUUGGAAAAUCUGCCCUUUGGCAUCUGCAGUGGGAAUAUUUGAGCUGGGGGAAAAUAAGCCAGAUAACUUCAGCUCCAAUACAGAAAACAGAGAUUUAGAUAUACAUAAUCUCUAUGAAUAUGAAAAAAAAACAACAAACCAUGAAUGGCAGGGAAUCCCUUAAUAUGUUUAUAUUUAUUAAAGUUCUGGUCUGGAGAUGAACUGAAUGUUAUUCUGGUAUUCACAGACUGUCCAUUUGCAGUGCCCAUCACUCUGUCUCAAAAAAGAUGUAACAAAUAGAAGUUUAGAAAUGUGUAAUGAAGAAGCUUUCAGGCAGAGGUGAAGAAAGGGUGGGGAGGGAAGUUCAUUGGUGUUUGAGGUCCGGUGCCCACAGCAGGACAGCAAAAGUGGGAGCUGGAAAGAGCACAGGGAGUGAAUGGAAAAUACCUGUGUUUGUGUUGGAUAGAGCAACCUCUGGCCCAAAAAUCCUAACUCUGCUGUCAGAAUGCAGAGUCCUGGGCGUGCCAGCUGUCUGACCAGAGGAAUUAGAGCCAAGGAUAGCAAUGACCAUAAUUUUACCUCGUCACAGCAGUAAGAUCAGUGAGAAGCACACUGGCAAAGCUGCUUUGCUGGAGACAUAACCCCUCUUUCAUCUGUAGCUUCUCUGUGAGAACAUUGCCCUCGGGGAUGGAAACUUCAGGUCCUUCCUGCCUGUGCUCUGCCCAAGUGUGUUGAAUGGAAUGUUGCCUGUUUUGGAGAGAAUAUUCCAACCACUGAGCUGCCAGGCUCUCAAAACAAAUUUUCUGCCUCCCUUUAUAACAUAGUUGCUGUAAGCAGCUUGAAGGAGAGUAAACAAAGAAACUUUUCCUCUGUACUUCCCUCUGCCAUCUGGCUGGGAGCUGCUGCAGGGUCCUGUGGGCAUACACCAGCCUUCUCUUUUUAUCUCUCCCAGCAUGUAAGGAAGGGGCAUAAUUUUACCAACUGUGUCACCCUGGAGAUUUUGCAUAUGCUUUUUACAUUUUGGAGCCAUGUUACCAGUAGUUCCUAAUGGUAAUGGAUGAAUAUGACCUGUGGAAAUGAUGUUAAAUAUCAGAUACAAUGCUUAUAAAAGCAUAUGCACAGCUGGGCAGAGGGAAUGUGUGUCUUGCCGUGGGAAUAGCUAUCUAAUGCUUUUAGUUUUGAUGCCAGUACUAAAUGCAAAGCAUGAGUAAUUUUGGAGCUUAAUGUUCAGUACUAAACAGUAAAUGAAAGGUCAGUCCCACAUGUUAACUGUCAUGGAAUAGUAAACACUACUUUAAUUGCUUCAUGCAGCCAGCUUGGAUUUUUGGUGUGUCUGUUGUCAUGUUUUGAGCAGCAUGGUCCAGAGCCUGUUUCUGAUUACCUCCCCCCAGUCAAAUGACAAAGCCUCAAAUUACAGGAUAAAGUUUAUGCCUGGGUUUCUCAGACAGCAUACUGGGAGUUUGUGCUUUGAAUGCUGAAAAGCCAUGUAGAGGAAGACAUAGAUGUAAUUUCUUGAUCUGGGUGGUGCCGAAAUCUAGGUUGAAGUGUAUUUUACAUUUUCUUAAGUUUUUCCAUUCUUGCUGUUUGUUUCUGAAGUGCAGAAGUUUAACAGCUCUCGCUGCACACAUAUGUUGUUUUUUAAGCCUGCCCAGCACAACAUCCAAUAGGAAACAACAUACACAAAUAAGAAAGAAUAUAAAGGGACAGGGCUGCUGUUGAGUUUCCCCAGGCCAAGCCAGUUGGGGGCUCAGUGGUCUCUAUGUGCAUAUGUGUCAGACCCACAACCUGCAACAUCUCCAGAUCAAAGUUCAAGGGAUUUCUUUUCUGUACUGGCAGCAGUUCUGCCUUGACUUUUGCACUUAAAAACCUCUGUGGAAUGUCCACAGGUAUAGCCAUAGGUCUCCUUUUUAUGAAUUUGUUGGCAGAAAUCCUGAAAUCAUGCCUUUUAAGCAAAUAUGGCAAAAUAUUUGUUGAAAGAAAAUCUGCAUUUAUAAAUAUGUUGUCUGAAUUCACAAGGUAAUUCUGCUAUUUCUGUUCUCUGAUUAGCUCAAAGCAGGCAUUUUGUUGCGUGAGAUAAACCAAUGUUUCAGAUAUUUAGUAAUGUUUUUGGUAAACAAACUUCAAAGCAAGAUUUGUUUCAUGCAAUUAUUCAGGGCAAAUGCGUGAACAGAAGAGAAAGCUGGGAGGAGUAGGGAAGCUUGCAAUAGGGAAGCUCUAACAUUUUGCAUAAUGUUGCAAGAAAGAAAAAGAUAAUAAGUGAUCAUUCUGAUUUUCCCAGGUCAUCCUGGCUUUCAAAACAAGAGGGUAAGAGAAGCCUUACAAAAGCAAUACAGUUGUAUUGAUUUGUUCUGAUCUUCAGCUGUUCUCAAAAGGCAUCACUUUAUUGGCCACAAUCACCAGUGUUUUAACUGAUCUGUUUUCCUCUAACCCAGCUUUGCCAGUUGUUUCCUCACUGACUUGGAAUGGCUGGGGUAAGCCUGGCCAUGCCACCAGAAAAUUUGUUGGAAAAUGACUUCAGCAACUUGCUGAAGUUGACUUUGAAUUUGGUGAGAAACUGGUGAUGCUGCUCUGGGCACUUUGGUCAGUAAUGGUGAGGUAAAGGUGAGGGGUGUGACUACCUGGUGUUCAGGUGGGGGUGAAAGUCCCUGUAAGGACAUUAAGUGCAUAGGUCAGUUACAGGUUCUAACAAAAAGCAAGGUUGCCCUGCUCUACAGACAAACAUUUCUUGUCUUGAGUGGUGGGUCCUGCCAUCAGUGUGCCAAAGAGGGAAGAAUAUGCUUUUUUCCUCCUCCUUACUCUUCCUUUGCAGAAAUGUAUAGGAGCUCAAGCUAAGGACAGUUAAUCCCAUUCUUGGACCCAGGGCUAUUUAUAGGCUGGCUUAGCACUGAAAGACUCCACUGCUUUCUUUUUAAAAACAAAUGGUUGUUCUGUGCUGCAUGUCAAGUGCAAUCAUUGCUGAAUGAACUGACAUGCAAAGCCAAGUCUCAGCUGCCCUGGCUUAGCUCCAUCCAUUUCCCUGGGUAUGUGGCAGUUCGUGCUGGUGGGGAAUUUGGCCCACUGGGUUUGAAAGGGAUUAAAUUGUUCAGACCUCACUUCUUUUCUAAUGUGAUACAGGUAAAAAAAAUCCUACAUUUGUGCAACAAGUAAGAGCAGCACACUGUGGAAUCUGCCUCUCCCUCUGCUCUUUCACCACUGAUGAAAACUCUCAUCAUUUUCUGUGAUUUACAAUGUGUGCUUUUUAUAUGGUAUAUCAGCUCUUCAGGAGGACUGGCUUAGGAGAAUCAGAUCUGGCAGAUCAGAUUAAUAAUGAUGCAAAUGCAAAAUGUGGCCACUGAUGAGCUUGUUGUCAUAAAUGCAUGCCAUGAUCUUGCAUUUUACUUAUUUUUGUGUCCAGUACUCUGCUUGUAGGAAAUUCAGCUGAGGAUUUCUGUUGGAGCUCUGCCUGUUCUGAUUAAACUGGAGAGAGAGAAAUAAUACUGCUUUGUGUGGUUUCAGACUCCUCUUACCAACCAGUUUCCUCAAAUGAGUGUAACAAGCAAAAAAUGCAGCUGGAGUAGUGGCUUGAAGAAGAUGAAUUGAAAGGUCCUGAAGAGUGAUGUUUCAAGGAUGUGAAUCGAGGUAGUGAUGUCACUGUGGUGACAAGUGGUAUAAAGAGUGACAGACAUGUAGCAUUGUCUAAGCAAUAAAUGUAGAGAUGCAGUUUUAAGAAGUAACAAAGCUGGUAGAAAGUGAGACAGGUACCCAUUCCUGGAAACAUGGUUUGGGAGUUUGUUCUGUAGACUUUGUUCAUUGCAGCCGGUUCAGGGGAUGAACUCUGGGACAGUGAGGAACAGCAAGAUAAGUGGUCACUGGAUAAGCUGGCUCAAAAUAAAAGAGAUCUUGGAUUAGAUGUCAGGUCAAAAUGCCCACUACAAAGACAAAUACCAAUGGCAUUUGUAUAGUCCACACAUACUGGCUUUUUGAUUUUUUUGAAAUGUAAAUUUAUAAAGGAGAAUCACCUUUAAGUACCAAGGGGCUGACAGAGAUAUCACAAGUUGCAUUUGUGUUCAAAGCUUAACCUCCAAAUCAAGGAGCAUACCUAAAGGCAAGAGGAAGAGUUGGCUUUUUAGGCCCAUGUGUGCCACUCUUAAGGUGCCUUUUUGAACCCCUAGUCCCUGGAUUUGGAGUGAUUCUUGGAAUCUGGAAUCCACUGGAUUUCACCAUUCUGGAUCAGCUCACUGGUAAAUGAGGAUGAUGGUGUACUCCCACAACCUGUGUCUUGCUCUGUGGUCCCUCAGUCUGCUCCCAGGAAGUAAAUAAGCUCAGCCAAGGCAGGAGCAGUUGCCUGGUCUCCUCCGUUCCAUCACAGCACUAGUGCACAUGUCUGUGCAAAGGGAAGGCCUCCUCUUGUCAGCAGUAUUAGCUUCUCUUGCCUUCCACUGAUCAUGAAAGUGAGGCACCAGAGAUGCUCUGCAACAAGAAAGGGAUCCAGAAACCCCCUCAGCUCAUCAGGAAAGCUUCAAAACCAUGAAAGGACAGUACUUGUUUUCUGGCAUCAUCUGAACCAGCUUUUCAUGGAAUACCUACACUUUGACAAACUGUCAAACUUCAUGAUUCCUAAGGUCACAGAAGCUGAUGAAACCCAGAGGGAUGUGGUGAGAUUGGUCAUGUAGCUGCUACACAGCAGAUUACUAUGGGAUGUGACCUAGCAAAGGAACUGCAACACAUCUCCUGACAUGUCUCUUGCACAGCUGCUGUGAGCUACCACUGAGGAGGGACAUAGACACCUGACACUUGUAUAGACAAAUCUUUCUGGGACUUGAUACUCUUGUAAUGCUGACUGAUGUUAAAGGGACUUAACGGAUAGGAAAAGCUGCUAGAAAAUUGUUCUACUCAAGCUCAGAUAAAUGGUUCUGAGUAUCUGCUGUGUGCAAUGAAGAUGAACACGUGUUCAUCACUUUGACAUCUCUUAAAUUAAUAAGGCCCAUUCAUUCUGCUCUCUAAAAUUCUUGAGAACAGUCUCUUACUGCCUGUUGCACUGUCUCUCUGAGAUGGUUCACAAUGUUGUUUAUCCUAAGCAUUGUCACAUUGUACUGCUGAUUAAAAGAUAACUUCCAACUUAAUCUUCCUAUGGGAAAAAUACUUUAGAUCUUUUUUUCCUGCCCUCCUUCAAUAUAAAGCUUCUCUUAAUCACGCUACUAGUUUUAAUUAAACCUGAUGACCUUUUGUUAGGAAUUCUAAUGUAAAAAGGGCUGAUUAGUGCCCAGGCACAACACCUCCUUUUAAAAAAGCGUGUGCAUUUUAUUCUGACAGCCCAUUAACAUCUAACAUCUAUACCUCUGAACAUUUACAUAUGUCCUUAGCUUUCAGGAUGUCUUCAUCCAGUGGAUGUGCCUGAGGCCUGACAUGAGUUGUUAGGUGCUGCAGUCUCUGUUCCUGGGAGCAGAGCGUGGGUUGGUUUGAAGCAUGGAGAGCAACGCCAAGGGUCUGCCCCGUGGCUGGACCUCGGAGGCAGCUGCGAGCAGAAGAUGGAAACCCACCUUCCCUCCUUCAUCCCCACCAGUUCAAAGGAACCUGCCAAAGCUGUGCUCAGAUUCCAGUGAUAGUUGUACAGUUUUGCUUUGCAGUUACGUGAGUGUUGAGAGGGGAAAAAAAAAAAAGUGGUUUCUUUUCAACACCGUCUUGUCAAAAUGCCAAAUGCUGCUUGUUUUUGAUGUUUUCAGUUACUGUUAAAUAAUAGUCUUGCUUCUGUCACAGCUAAUGUUGACUUGAAGGCACUUGUGCAUUUCUCAACUCAAAUGCUAAGCAGACAGGCGUGGGUCUUGACAAAUAUUUUCUGGGCUUGCCCAAGGCAAGUAAAAAUAAGCUUCUACUUAAUCGUUUGUUUUAAAAUUCAAAUUGGUGAAGUAGGCAAUUAAAAAAAUGACAAUUUUCAUCAAAAUUUGCAAAUUAAAUGUCUCUUUGCAGUCAGAGCGGGUUCAAGAAUCUGCAGUAGAUAAUUGCUAUUUGAAAUCAGUGAAGUAUCCAGCAUUUUAGGGCUGUGAGGAUUGUGGCUGUUCUGCCUUAGUAAACCUUGAUUGAUUUGGUAAAUAAGCAUUUCAACUUCUCUCUUUAAAAUAAAUAAGCAAUUUUAUUGCUUUAUUGCUUACCUCUGUAUGGGAGGUAAACAAGCUCUCAAGCAGUAGCCCCAUAAUAACAAGAGCCCAAGUGCCAUCUGUCACAGAGAAUUUUGUCCCUUUAUGCACAAUAGCCUCUUAUAGCAUUAGGUCCAUUGUAGGUUAAUUGAUUAGCAGAGAUCCUCCUUUCAGUUGUUCCUGCUUUUCUUCACUAAAGGACCAUAUCGCUCAUCUCCAUUUCCUUUUCUCUCUCCCAUAUUAGCAUACUAAUCACCCUGAACUCCCACUGCUAAAAAACUCUAUCUGUUUUAUACUGGGGGAGGGGAGGAGAAAUAAACUGGCAUUUCCUGAGA